AUGAUAUCAAGUAGUUUCUACGAAUAUAUCGAUAGAGAGAGCAUUGAUUCAAAUCUUAUAUGCUUACUUUGCCAUAAUCCUUUUAUUGAUCCAAUUGUGACUCAAUGUGGCGAUACUUAUUGCCGUCUAUGUAUUGAAAACGAUAUGGGAAAUGGUUCUCAUUGCCCGUCGCAGUCGUGUAAUCAAUUAUUGAGUAUUGACCAUUUGACACCAAACCCUCCGCCGCGCCUUGUCGCCUCAAUGCUUGAUAGACUUAAAGUCCGAUGCCAGCUUUGUGAGAAAACAAAUAUAAAUAGAGGAACCUUUGAUGAACAUAUAAAGACAAGCUGUUCUGAAUAUCGAAUAGAUUGCCCAGGGAAGAAUAUUGGAUGUCAAUGGUUUGGAUCGAGGAACGAACAUGAUGAACACACGAAAACGUGUUUAUUCGAAAAAUUAAGACCAAUGGUCGAUAUCUUGUAUAGGGUUAUUGAAAACCAAAGUUUGGAUAUAGAAAACCUCCAAAAACAAACAGAACAGCAAACGACAGAAAUCGGACAACUAAAUACUCAAGUUGACCAGCAAAAGGCUCAACUUGAACAACAAAAGGCAGAAUCUAGACAACAAAAGAUUCAACUUGAUCAACAAAAGACUAAACUUGAACAACAAACGACAGAAAUCGGACAACUAAAUACUCAAGUUGACCAGCAAAAGGCUCAACUUGAACGACAAGCGGCAGAACUCGGACAACACAAGACUGAAAUUGAACUGCAAAAGACUCAAAUUGAACAACUAGAAGCUCAAUUACAAAAGCAGCAGAUUCAAAUCAGCGACAUUCAAUCAGAAAAUCAAACCCAAAAUAAUGAAAUAACAUCUAUUCGNCAGAUUCAAAUUGGCGACAUUCAAUCAGAAAAUCAAACCCAAAAGAAUGAAGCAGCAUCUAUUCGCAACCAAUUUACAAUCCUUCAAGAAGAAAUCAACAAACUGAAAAGCACAGCACUUUGGCUCUGUAAGUAG